GCUGGGUCUCUGCUUGGAGUCACUCACUCGGCUGAUCUGUUCGUAGAGAGUCUUCGCAGGAGAAGCAGCCAUGCUGUUGAAGCUCGUUCUCUUCUCGUCCGUUUUCACGGUUGCAUUGGGUCGAACCUCCUCUGGGAAUUCGGAAUCUCUGACUGGCGAUUUGUCUGUCAAGAUCCAGUCAAGGUUUCAUUUAACUUACCCCGAGGGAACUGACGCCAGGGAUGCCCUGCCCAAGCUGAGAUGCAACCCAGAGAAGCUGAAGGCUGAGGAUUCGUUGACAGGAGUCUUGCUGAAACGUAUUCCCAAACUGGAAGAACAAUUCGGUCUUCGAGUGAAGCUGACUUUCAGCGAAGGCUUCUUGACCUCCUGCGAGCUUGUUCCUGCAGAGAUCACGAGACAGGAGACUUGCCUGAUUCCUCCAGUCAUCAGCACACCUGGGCUCAUUUGCCAAGACGGGUGGUCGCUGGUGGAGUCCACUUGCUUCCUCUUGUCCAACAAGAAGGGUAACUACUCAGAAGGGAGGAACUUCUGCAAAUCUAAGGGCGGGUCUCUCGCUACUAUAUCAUCGUCUCUUCAGCAGGCAGUUAUUGCUAGUCAGUUGGACUCAGACACCUGGAUUGGUCUGAAUGACUUGCAGAACAGAGAGAAAUAUGUCUGGGUUGAUGGCAGCCCUGUCGCCUUUACUAACUGGGCUGAUGGACAACCAGACAACAGCGGCAAAUACUGGGUGUUCGGCGAGAAGGAAGACUGCGUUGAAAUGAAGAAGAAUUAUAACUUCUUCUGGAACGACGAUCACUGUUAUGAACAAAACAAAAUCCUCUGCAGCACCCCAGCCGAGCCAGCGCCCACAACCACAACAACCACAACCACAACUACCACUACUACGACCACAACCACCACAACGACUGCUCCUCCAACUUGCCAGGAAGGUUGGGAACAGCGGGAACUCUCCUGCUACAGGGCCAGUGGGGCCAAGGCAAGCUGGCGAAAUGCCCGAGCUGCCUGCGACGCCCUCGGGGCUAAGCUGACCUCCAUCGCCAAUAAGAAGGAACAGGACUUCGUCGCUGGUCUUCUCGAUGACAGCGGCUGGAUCGGUCUCGACGACUUAACAAAAGAGGGAGUCUUUGUCUGGGAAGAUGGAAGUGAAGUCAAAUACACAAAGUAAGUAAUAGCCGGGUUUCCGUUUUCUGACGUCGUUUUCUAUUGUCUCAAGUGCUCUUC